AGUAGUCACUAGUCUGUUGUCACGAAACACAGCAGACAUAAUAUAGUGUAUGCAACCUGCUGGCGAUUCAACGCUUAUUGUUAUUGAAUCUAAUUGUUAGCCGAUUGAUUGACAUUUUUUCGUUACUUCUUCGUUUAAUAAAAUGGCUGCGCUAAGGCACAGUUUGCAGCGAGAAUUAUUUUCGCCUGCUGAAGAAAGAUUAGUUGGAUUGGCUCAUGUGACUAGUGUUGGCAAGAAAAAGAAGGCACUUCCUUGUUUUUUGUGCGUUGCAGUUACUGCAGAUCAAGGCAUCGGUGCCGUAAUAUACAAGGUAAAGAAAACUGAGAAAAACAAUGUUUACAAGAAGAAAAGUAGCUGGCCAUUGAAAGAGCUCAAAACUGUGGAUGGUAUUGAUGGAAACAAGGAAACAGCUGAAUUCAGCAUUCAUUUUGACAAAGUAUACCUAUGGUCUGCAUCCAAUGUUCAAGAAAGGCUUCUUUUGUUUUCAAUUUUAUGGAAACUUUGCUCGAAGUAUUUGCCGAAACAAAGUCCAAUGUUUGUUAAUAUCCCUCCAGGCAUCAUAGAAGAUUCAGUGAUACCAGAAACAUCCGUAGCAUUAGAUCAUGAAGUCAGUGGUCAAAUGGAUGGAGGCAUUGGUGAUGAGGAUUAUCAAGCCCUUACAGACAGAGAAGAGAAAGACCUGGAACGAUUAUUAUCUCAGUCCAAUAAUGCCUUGAGUAAUGCAGAAAAAUUUAUGGAGCAACUGGCUAAGGACUUGUCUUUACUUGAUGGAGCAAAUAUUCAAAGCUUGAUGGGCUCUGAAGCUCAAGUCAUACAAUUGUUGAACCUUCUCGAAGCAGCCGAAAAUGAAGCUGCAUCCAUUGAAACAGAGUUAGACAAGUAUGAAAACAUUCUACUCCAAGCCCGGGUUGCAAUGGCAACAGUAGGUGAAAAGAAUGUGUCCUUGGAAACUGCCAACCGUAACAAUCGUCUCCUACUUAUGGAACUCAAUAAUUUAGUCGCACAUUUAGAUAUUCCACAUUCCCAGCAAGUAACUUUGAACAAUCCAGACUUAAAUAGUCCUACAGGCCUUCAAAACGCCAUAAUAGCUGCUAAAUCUCUUCAACGUGCUAUGAAUGCUGAACUAAAACCAGGACUUGAGAAAAUGGUUGCGGUUCAAGAUCAGCGGCGACAGUUGGAGAAAUGGCGAGCAAAAUUUACACCCACAGUUACUCGCCAACUCAACAACCUCUUUAUUCACUUAAGCAAUGAUUCUGGAGAAACCAGUAGUCAAAGCUCUAGAAGUUCAAACUCUUCGCAAACAACAGUGUCACUGGCUAAACACGGGAAACUGCAUUCUCAACUGCAAAUGUAUGCUCCCUUAAUGCAUUGGCUUAAAGCAACAGACCAUGCCUGCUAUGAGAAACUACUCGAAGUAUACACUACAUCAAUAUGCAAACUGUAUGAAAGAGAUCUACGGCAGUUCUUUGAUGAAGCUCGAUCGAAAGUGAUAGGAUUGCGAGAAAAAAAACUUCGUGGAAGUGAUUCGGGUUCAGACAUGGGCACCAGACAUUCCUUGUCUAUUAAAAAUCCUUCAGGAACAAAUGUCACCGCGGCAAGCCCUAGUGGAACAAUACAAAUGCCGAGUCAAAAUUUGUUGGGGAAUGAAAGAGAGCUUUGGACGGUUGAAGUUGAUAUUCAUGAAAGGAAACGCCUAGAAGACUUGCUUGAAUGCGCACUAGCCGAACUUGAACCAGUAUGUCUAGUGGAACAAGAAUUUUGUGUCGCAUUUUUUGCACUGGAUCAAGGAGGUCAUGAAGUGGAUGAAUCAUCAACAAGUAACAAAACCCCGGAACGAGCCAUUAACGAAGAAGUGCGCAAAAUGAUGAGCGUCUUGUUUACGGUUCUUGAACCGGAGCUUGUGAGCUUUCUUGCUACUUAUGAGAAAGUAGAUAGCUUCUCACCUUUAUACGUCCUCGUGAGACUUAGUCAGCAUGUCCUAUCCGCAACUGAUACUGGUUCUUUCCUCAGUGUUACAUUUGGUUCAUCUUUGGUGCACGUGAAGCGAGCAUUCGAUCGGUUUUUUAUGACUCAGCUUCGCUCGAUUGAAGAUUCAAAACAGCCUAGGAAAUCUAAAUGUGGGAUUCUUCCUUUCAUUUCUAAUUUCGAGGAAUUUUCUGUGAUAAUUGAAAAUAUUUUCAAGAAUUCAGAACGGCGGGUUGAUGUUGACAAAUGGUACACACGUUUAGUCCGAGCCAUGUUUGAAGUAAUGCCAAGGAUUUCUAUAGAGAACUCUAGGACUCCAGCUGACAUGAUCAAAAUGGAAAAUUUUCAUCGAUUACACGCUUUGUUGUCUCAGCUAAAAAUCGCAGUCCUGGAAGCCGAGAAGAAAGAAGCAAAGCAAAAAUAUCAGGAAGCACUUCAAUCAUACGUUAUACAAUAUUUUGGAAGGCCUUUAGAGAAACUUAAUUUAUUUUUUGAUGGUGUUCAAGCCAAAGUUUCGCAAGGAGUUAAAGAGUCGGAAAUUGGCUAUCAAAUGGCAUUUAGUAAACAAGAACUGCGAAAAGUGAUUUCUAUUUAUCCCGGAAGAGAAGUUAAAAAAGGUCUCGAAUCUCUGUACAAAAAAGUGGAAAAACAUCUAUCCGAUGAAGAAAAUCUGUUACAGGUUGUGUGGCGGGCCAUGCAAGAAGAAUUUAUCCGUCAAUAUAAAUCCCUCGAAGACAUGAUUCAGCGUUGCUACCCCGGUGCGCUUAUAACGUUGGACUUCUCCAUGAGUGAUAUUCUUGAAUAUUUUUCAGACAUAGCACGCUCUCACUAAAGCUUGAUUUUCAGAAACAUAAUUAAAUUACAUGUUCAAAUAACUUUCCUAAACAGCGAUACAUUAUUGAGUGAACAAAAG